AUGGAUCUCCCCGAUUAUACUCGACUGAACGUUGACGAAUUGCCGAACAGCAUCAUCCACUCACCUUCCUUUACCUUCCUCGUCGGUCCCAAGCAUACCAAGUUAACAAUCCAGUCGGGACUCGCUCAACAUGUCUCCAAGCCGCUUCAUAACUUGAUGAACAACGGGCAUACCCGGGAGUCGAAGCAUCGCAUUGCCGUUUUGGAGGAUGAGGAUGUUGAAACGUUCGUUGCAUUCUGUGAAUACGCAUAUACAGGAGACUAUAAAGUGCCUCGUCUGCCGCCACGCGAAGACGUUCGACAAGGUGUAGUCGAGACUGCACUGAGCCCGGUGAACUCUUGGAGAGGAACAUAUCGCUCAGCAUCAGUCUCGUCGACUAUCCCACCCCCGGCUCCCUCGCCACCCGAGUCUGUCAAAUCAUCUGAGACGACAGCUCUAGCACUAGUACCAGCACCAGCACCGGCGCCUGCGUCUGUCAAACCCGAACCAGAGCCGACACCUGCUUUUGAGGAGGCCAGGGCUGGAGAAAUAGCGGCGGAGGCAGAGGCGGUGGAACAGAAAGUUGCUGCCGAAGAAGAUAAAACGAACGAUGAGUCUGCCGUACCAGUCGAGAGUGAAGAGAUUCCACUUGACCAAGGCCAGGAUACCGAUGCGACUGCUCCUGGAGAGGACGCGGUCGAGGUAAUUCCAGAGCCAACAGCCGAUGCCGGAGAAUGGGGAACUUUAGAAGAAUCACCCCCGGAGGUAUCAACCAAGAAGAAGAAAGGCAAGAAGGGCAAGAAAAUUGCCAAAAAUAAAAUGCCUGUGGAACAAGAGCCGUGGACGGAGGAGCCCGCUGCCAACUUGACGCCGCCAUCUACACCCCCACCAGCCAAUCCGGUCGAGGUACAUGAUAUUCCCGAGGAGGUCCUGCCGGAGCCAAAUUCAGAAGGAGAAGAAGAAGCCGCGGAAGCCGAAACAAUUACCGAGCCAGAGGAGAAGGAGGUCGGGCCGGAAGCAUCUGCAGAUGACCUACCUGAAAAGGUAGAGACAGAGCCCGCCCCAGACGAUUGGGAACAGCCUGCAUAUGCAGAGGAUGAUGGACAGGACCCGGAAGAGUCCUGGGCAAACGAUGAUGAAGUGGAGAAACAGAGUGAAAUCCAAUUCUCCAAGCCGAUCAUCGAUAUGUCCUUCGCCAAACAGCACGAGUCGUCACCUCGCACACCAGGCCUCAGCCUGUGGGACGCAUUCUCUGCUCUGCAAUAUAACAACGAGAAGCAGAAUCCACAGCCACCGGUUGACUCCAAAGCCACCGACCUUCCAUACCUAACAUUUCACGCCAAAGUGUACGUCUUCGCCACUCGCUACCUUAUCCCGACCCUGAGCCCAACUCUCUCUGUUGCAGACACAGAAAGCCUGGAUCCAUUUUCAGGCCAGAAUCUAGGCGGCUUGGCCGCGUCUCAAGCGCCGAUAAUCCUUGAUCUGCUGCGUUACGUCUACACCAAAACCACCCGACUUGAACCGAUCAACCCCACUUCAGCAACCCAGCUUCGAGAGAACGAGUUGCGACGACUGGUGGUGCACUAUGCGGCCUGCAAAGUGAAAGAUCUGGCGCAAUACCACUCGCCCGGAGAUAGUGAAGCGGCAACGCCCACGCUCCGGCCCGUGGAUAAGGGUGGAGCGAGCCAAGCACUCUGCACCGACUAG